AUGACCAAUAAAGUCAAAUACAAGUCACACUGUUUAGCUAAGAAAUCUAGGAAACAUCGCCUAAAGUCAAAAAAAUGCUCCUGUAUAUGGAGAACAUACCUGCUAAAAACACCUUCUGACGGUAAUAAUAUUUCUAUCAGAUUAGAGGGUAGAAUACCGCUGCCUUUACAUAGUAUAUUUUGCUACAGGUGUGGAAGGAAAGGGCAUUAUGGUGAUGAUUGUGAGAAACGAUCGUCUUGUGCGGAUGGUACCGAUUUUGGAAGCGCUUUCUCUGGUAAAAACUUACGACAUAAUCUUAAAAAACAAUAUUAUAGAUCUUUAAAAAGAAGUCGAAAAGACACAAUCUUAGAUUCGAAUCCCUCAGACGACGUUAUACUUGCUAAAAAUACGAAAUCUCAAAUUUACAAGGAUCUGAUUAAGAAUCGUAAUAGUACCACAGUCACCUCCAAAAGGCAUAUUAUUCUUAAUUUUUACCCACCUCCUUAUAAUAAUAAGACAUUUAAGAACCAUGAUAAUCUGCCCUAA